GUAAUACAAUACACGUCUCACUACAAACAUGUAGUGAAAGUUAGCGCUGUUUUUGUCAAUAUAUCAAACAAAUAGUCACUUAAUUAAAGUGCCUUUAAAUCUAUUGACUGAAACAAACAACAAAAUGUUAGCAUUUGGUGCACUACUUGUGUUGACCACAUUGUCGGCCAUCAUCGGCACCGGUGAUGCACAACGAGACCUAUCGGACCAGUGCUACUCAUACGCCGGCGGACACGUGUAUCCGCAGGAGACUCGAAGUACUGGCAGCGGUGGUCAUCGUUUGCAUUAUAGUAAAACACAAAUAUCAAAGUUGGCGCCCGAUUGGGAGGGAACAGCUGUAGUGAAUGGAGAGUUCAAAGAGUUUAAAUUGUCUCAAUUCAGAGGCAAAUAUCUGGUCUUCUUUUUCUAUCCCCUCGACUUCACAUUUGUCUGUCCGACAGAAAUAAUGGCUUUUAGUGAUCGAAUCCAAGAGUUCAGAUCUAUUAAUACAGAAGUGGUAGGCGUUUCGGUUGAUUCGCCAUUUACACACUUGGCCUGGAUCAAAACUCCCCGAAAACAGGGAGGUUUGGGAGCACUUAAUAUUCCUCUUCUGUCAGAUCAAACCCAUCAGAUUUCUAAAGAUUAUGGCGUUUAUUUAGAAGAUUUGGGACAUACGCUUAGGGGUCUAUUUAUAAUCGAUGCCAAAGGAAUCCUACGGCAAAUAACAAUGAAUGAUCUACCGGUUGGCCGAUCGGUAGACGAGACCCUACGUUUGGUACAGGCUUUCCAGUAUACCGACCAACACGGAGAAGUGUGUCCGGCCGGUUGGAAACCGGGUGGCGAUACUAUUAUACCGAAUCCCGAAGAAAAACUCAAAUACUUUAGCAAAUUAAAUGAUCCGGUCGUCAGUAAAGAGCUUUAAAAAGUCAUUAUUUCAAACCAAUUGAGAUAAUAAUAAUAAUUCAUUUAAUAAUUUUAUUAUAAAUGUAUACUAUUUUUACUAU